AUGACUGUUGAAGAAGAAGACGAGGAGGAUGAUGGAAAUGAAGAGGACGAUGAAAGGGAAGGUUCUGAAUCGACUACAGACAAUUUGGACAUCCCUGGACCUUCAACAUCUUCAUCAGCCCCGAGGCAGUCAAUUAUUUAUGAAAGAAGUUCGCCUGUUAAAGCUGUUGUAGAUUAUAGUCAAGUGCCUCCCAAUGUUAUUCCUGCUAAUGUUGCUGCUGUUAUUAACAGUGGUGCAGCGAGGCAUAGCGGAGCCUCUUCAUCUCCUUCAUUGGCAUUCCACGCGACUGCUAUCCCUCAACAACAACAGCAACUUUCAAAUUCAACUAAUCCUCUUCAAACUGCUGCUACAUCAACUUAUCCUCUUCCUCAACAACUUCCUUCAAAUUUGUGGAACAUUCCAAUGCAGCAAUUAAAUCCUGCCCUUUUUCAAAAUCCAGCCACCAACAUUCCUCUUCCUCAACAAACUUUUCAAACCGUCCCAUCAACUUCAACACAAUUUUUGGGAGGUCAACAACAACAACUUCCUUCUCUUUAUUCAAUGAUUUCCCCAACAACAGUAUCUAUUCAUUCUCCUCUCCUUCUCAGUCCUUACGCAACUCUACAAAUUCCUGCACCAGCAACAGCUUCUCUUCCAAGCACAUCAUCAGAUGUUGCAGCUAAUACAAACCUUUUAAUUAAUGACUUAUCUUCACCAACUGAAGCUCAAAGACAAUUAAUUAGAGCCCAAUUAGAACAAGCACAACAACAGGCACAAGUUGCUGCUUGUCAAGUUCAGUUACUUCGAGAUCAGUUAAAUUCUGAAACAACUGCUAGACUUGAAGCACAAUCAAAAACACAUCAAUUAUUAAAUUCUAAUAGAGAGUUAUUAGAGCAAGUUCAAAAUUUGGUUAAUCGUCUUCAACUUGUUGAAAAUAGAAUGACUGAAGGUUUAACGAGUAAUCGAUUGGCAAAUGAUGUUCGACAUAUCGAAAAAAGUGUUGCUGAACAACAGCAAAGUCCUCAACUUAGGCCUCCACAACUGCUUCAACCUGAAUUGAGUGAAAUACAAUUAAAAGAACAACAACAAAAUUUGACAGAAUUAAAGCCUAUCCAAUUAAAAAAACUUUUACCUAGAAGAACAAAUUCUGUUCAUGGUGAAGAGCCUACAACAACAAGUUUAGCAUUUCAUGAAGAUAAUCCACCACAAAAAGAGGGAGGAAGGAGAAAACAACAACAGCAACAUCGAACAACUUUUGUUAGUGGAACAACCUUGGAUUCAGCGGAAACUGAUUCUGAUGAAGAUGAUUCUGCUAUUGAUAAACAUUCAUCAUCAAAAGAAGCGGUAGCCCCAACAACAACAACAAACCCUUCAACAACUUCCUCUUCUUCCCUUUUAAAACGUUUAGUUCCUUCAAUGCCCGGUUCAUCAGUAUUAGCAUUAGGAAUGCCUCUAUUAGGAAUGCCGUUACAACAAAUGGCAAAAAAUUAUUCUUCACAGCAACAUUCUGGAAGUCCUCCAUAUCAACAACAACAAAAACAACAAAGAAAAAAUAGUUAUAGUCAACCACCGGGAGGAGGAGGCACAACAACAAAUUUAAGGCCUAUAACAAUACCUAAUGAUGGUAAAAAGAAUUUAAGACGGUUCUCUCUUCAAGCAUCAGAAUUUGAUCCGAGUGAAUUAUUGCAUCAUAAACAACAUAAAAAAGGGCCUGUUUCAAAAGGAAUUUUUGAUAAAAAAAUGGAAUUUAAAAGGUUUUGA